UGACACUUGUAAGAACUAUUUCAUACUAAUGGCUGCGGUGAGAACUACUGGCUAUGAUGGGAAGACUCUACGUCUUGGAUUGCAGAAAAUUGGGUCGCGUGUGUAUUGAUUAACUAGGUAGAUGCAGCCUUAAAUCCACUGCAAUGCGGAAAGAAAAGGUGGAGUGUGUAGAAUUCAGCAGAACGGACUUGGCAGAAAUGGAAUAUAAUAUUCGCCCAGUUAGGAGUGUAUAAUAACACGGCAGAUGGAUCCUUCGAACAAAUCCAUUAGCGAAUACACAGGAAAGCCUGUAAGAACAGAAGAGAACAUGCAGAAGCAUCAGGCAUCAGGAGAAAUUUCCCUAGCAAUGAAAGACGAACUGGCACUGGAGAAUGGGGCAGGCAGUGAGCAGCAGGUUCAGGCCAUUAAUCCUGCUGUACAACCAACAACAAUGAAUGUAGAGUUGGAGAAAACAAAACCACCAGACCUUACUAAGGGUUUGGAAGAUUGCCCGAGAUCCCAGAAGAGUUCAACUUGUGGGGUUCUGGAAAAUACACUUAGACAAGGUGGAACUCUAGAUGAAACUUGCUCAGAUUUGGUGGGAGACUUCAACAUGGCACAAGAGCUUGAUGAGAGUAUAGUCAAAGACAGGCCACCAGAGCUAGCACCCUUCGUUAAUCCCAGUGAAGUCCAGGAGGGCCAUGUCAUUCUGCUGAGCAGCAGCAAAGCUACCAAUUCAAUCGGGGAAAACAAACCAAGCAAGGACAACUUCCAAUUUCAAAAAACUGCUUUAAGUGGUAUGGAUACAUAUGAUGCUGACAAGGAUCUAGAUACAAGUGCAGUCCUGAAAAAUGCUGAGGUCAGUAAAGUGGGGCUGCAGAGUUUACCUAAAGGCAAGGAAGGUCAAGACCAAAAUGAUCCGACUAAGUUACUCCCAUCAGAACAUGGUUAUUCCCCUGCAGAGCAGUGGAAGGAGCAGAGACCAAGCAGCCCAGUUAGUGCAGAAAUGAGACCUUCACCAAUCCAGCCAAAAAGGGUAACUCCAACGGACACUGAAAGCAUACAAACAACUGACGCCCAGCAAUUAGUGAUGGCUACGAAACGGCAAACCAAUCAACUAAAAACAUACCCGCCUUCAAAAAAGCAAAGAAUGCAGGCUGCACAAGAUGGGAGACCAGUUCAUGUAUACAGCAACACGCAAAAGAAACAACUGCUUUUUCUCAACCAAGGCCUGAAACCUCCUGAGAUGUCAAACCCUUCUCUGGUCAGCAAAACCUUACCACAUGCUGCUGGUCCAGACAGAUUCAGGAGUCAAUGUCUGGAAUUGCAGCCUGGAAUUUCAAGAUCUGUUCAGGCUCAUAUUGUGCCCAGACUACAGAAUCCACAAACGGCAGCAUCAAAAUCCAUCAGUCCCCAAUUAGAGUCCUCAGACGCAGAAGAACGAGGGGAAAAGGGGAAAAUGAAAAAGUCAGAAAAAAUUUUGCAAAGACAGAGGAGCAAGAGUGGUAGAAGUCUCCCCUUAGAAGAGCCUCCUUUGUUUAUUCCUGAUAAUGCCCCAACAGUGAAGCAAGAGGAAGACUCCAUUGACAGUGAGACUGUAUGGGAUCCUACCAAGCAUUGCAUUUUCUGCAAAAAGCCUCAUAACUCCAGGUUCAUGGUUGGCUGUGGUCGUUGUGACGACUGGUUUCAUGGGGAGUGCGUAGGUCUUGACCUGGCCAAGGCCCAGAAGAUGGAGCAGGAGGACCAGGAGUAUGUUUGCCUCAAGUGUUGUGCUGAGGAGGACAGGAAGUCCACUGCCCUGAGGCAGCUUCGCACAGACCCAUCUAAGCUUGAGCACAACCUGGAGAGUGGCCCUUUGGCAAAACAAGAGAAGCAGAGGCAGGCAAAGCCACCCGUAACAGGAGUCAGAAGGGAUUCGGUGGAAAUGAGGCAGCAGUCGACCAAAAAAUCAGAGACCAGGAGGCUGUAUGAUUCAGAUUGUAGAAGUGGUCACACAGUGAAAACACAAAAGCCCUCAGGGGACAUGCCACUGAAAACUGGUAUGCAUCAGAGGGUGGAAAUGAAGACAGCAAAAGGAGCAAAGUGUCUGUCAUCCUUGCCUGCAGCAUUGAAAAGACCUUCAGUGGAGCAAAUCAGGAGGAAUGUACGUGAUUCUCUGAAGGACAUUCUCCUCAAAAGGCUAAAUGAGUCUGAUUUAAAGGUUUCAACAGAGCGGGCUGGAAAGGUGGCUGUGAAAACGGAGAAGGAACUUUUUUCUUUUUUCCGGGAUACUGACAGCAAAUACAAGAGCAAGUAUAGAAGUUUAAUGUUCAACCUUAAGGAUGUCAAAAACAAUGUGUUAUUCAAGCGUGUACUCAAAGGUGAAAUUUCUCCAGAAAAUUUAAUUCAUAUGAGUCCUGAAGAACUAGCCUCAAAAGAGCUGGCUGCUUGGCGAAAAAGAGAAAAUCGGCAUACAAUUGAAAUGAUAGAAAAAGAACAACGAGAGGUUGAAAGGCGUCCCAUCACAAAAAUCACCCACAAAGGAGAAAUUGAGAUUGAGAACCAGGAGCCUGUUAAAGAGCCUGAAGCUGUGGAAUUGGAGGUGGACCCUGUGCCCAGACCAGUGGAAGAGCCUGCAGCAGUCCCACAAGAAAUGGAAUUUGAGAGCCUUAAAGACACGACCAGCCAGCACAAGGAUCACCUUUUUGACCUUGAUUGCAAGAUAUGCACAGGACGAAUGGCUCCUCCUGUCGAGGAUGCAGCCACCAAAGUUAUGAAGGUGGCUACCACAGUGAUGUGGAGGCAGGCUGGCUCAGAUGGAGAGACUCCAACCAUGUCUGACCACCCAGAUGGGCAAUCCCACAGUGAAGUGGUGGAAAAUGUGGUCAAUACCAGGGCCAUCUCAUCUGAAGGAAGGUCAGAUAAUGCAAAUGAAGGAGAGGAUGAGGCCAUGUUCCUUGCACGUCUGCAGUCCAUGUGGAAGGGCUUUAUCAAUAUGCCAUCCGUGGCAAAAUUUGUCACAAAAGCAUAUCCAGUAUCAGGUAUUCUUGACCACCUAACUGAGGACCUGCCUGACAGCAUCCAGGUUGGAGGGAGGAUUUCCCCUCAUACUGUAUGGGACUAUGUGGAAAAAAUUCGAGCCUCAGGAACAAAAGAGGUCUGUUUGAUUCGUUUCAGUCCUGUGACAGAAGAGGAUGAGAUUUCAUAUACACUGCUGUAUGCCUAUUUCAGUAGCAGGAAACGCUAUGGAGUUGUAGCCAAUAACAUGAAGCAGGUGAAAGACAUGUAUCUCAUUCCCUUGGGGUCCUCUGAAAAAAUCCCACACCAUCUUGUCCCCUUCGAUGGACCUGGUUUGGAAGCCAAACGUCCAAGCCUCCUCUUGGGAUUAAUCAUUCGACAGAGGGUGAAAAGAGAUUUUGAAGCUGUUUUACCUGUGGAUAUCCCUGAAACUAUUACUGCCAGAUCCUUACCUGAGAAAAAAACAAAGUCAUAUUUUGCCAAUGACGAUGGAAGUGCUCGCAGUGAGGACAUGGAUUUUUUCAGUUCACUGAAAAUAGUUCGUCCAAAGCAAGUGACUAAAGUAGAACAGUCUGCUCAAGUUGACGUGGCAGCACAGCCCAUCUUGAAGACCACCUUGGCUCCAGAGGCCAGUCUACCUGAUCUUUCUAGACCAUUGCGGUUUCUUCCAGGUGUGCUGUCUUCGCCUACACUCAGGUCAGUUGAUGAUCUUCAGCAGAGCUUGCCAUGUAUUUCAGAGAAGGAUGCAGACAAACGGGUCACAGCAGGUGAUUGCAUAGAUAUAGGGAGUACACCUAGCAAAAACCUUGGUUCGGGUGGUAACAGACUGGAACGUUUUGUUGUGAAGAAGAAGGACCCAAAAACAUUUCAGAUGGAGUCAGCAACAACAUCCAAUCCAAACAAUAAGCCAAAAAUGAACAUCCUGUCCGAGAAAGAAACUGCUGAUUUAGCAUUUUAUCCGAGGGAAAAUCCACAAGAUUGUUCCACAGAGGCUGUCCUCGCUGGUCUAUCGGUGGUAGGGAAAAGGCUGGAAAACCCAGUCUUACAAAGGAUGGAAGGUGCAAUCUAUGAACAGCCUAAAUCAAAACCUGAUCAGCAUCCUGGUUUUAUUGCUGUAUCUAACAGGCCUGAAGAGGUUAUCUCUGCCUGUUCAAAAUCUUCAGAAAGCCAUUGUCCAUCCAGUGGAGUGCCAGCAUGUCAACGGCAUUCAGUUCAACCAGAGUUGCUUUAUGGAGAAUUUGAUAUCCUGGGAACUUCCACUGCACGUUCAUUCCAUGACAAAACAGACCAUAACACAUCCCAUCCUGGUUUAUUCCCACCCCCCUCAGCCACUGCAUUUCCUCAAGGGGGGCAUGAACCACCCCAGGGCACCAAUCCCCCAGGGCACAUCAGAGCCCCUGAACUCCAGUACCAGGCGGAAGCACCCCCAGUUUUCCCUUUGCAAAGCAAUAAACUGCCUGUCUUCCAGCCACAGAUCCCACCCAGUGUGCAGUAUCCCAGUACUUUGCCACCCAUGUUCUCACAGCCAGAGUCCCAAGGUCAGAAUUGUACCAUGAUCAGGCCCUCACCUUCCCCUCUUUCAAUCAGGUUCUCAUCCUCUCAGCUGGUUCCUCCUGAGUCCAGGUUUUUGGGAAAUUCUCAGAGAUCCUCCAUACAACCUCAGAUAAUAGAGACUCAGGGACCAGAGGGACAUUACAGUGAUUCCUGGGAGUCUCAGCACAGCCAUUCUGAGGAUGGUUACAAGCAGGUGGGCAGCACUCAUCAUGGAAGCAACAGGUUCCACAGUGAUUCACAUCAUGAAUAGAAAAAUCUGUAAAGGUAGAGGCCUCCUGGACCAGGUUUAAGGCUGAGUGCCUGAAGCACUGGGACCAACACACAGUGAACAUGGGAAAGCAGCCACAACACAAAGACAUCACCCAACACAAGAAGAGGGACGAGUACUGUAAAAGGGAGGAAAGCAGGAGAUUUAAAUUUUCAGAUGAACUAAUGGUCAGUGGGAUGACUGUUGGCAAAUAUUCAUGAUUAGUAUUUUUCCUUAUUCUGCUCUUCCAUCUUCCUUCUGAAUAUUCCGCUGUGUAGUGUCCAAUGAAACCAGUGACAUUUCAAUAAAUCUUCUUUGGCUGAUGCAAAAAAAAAAAAAAAAAAAAACUGAAGAGAGAUGUUAGAACCUUUCAAUUGUUUGCAUUUGUAGUAAUUUUAUGAUAGCUGUACAUUUCUAUGUACAUUUACAGAAACAGGGCUCAGAUUAAGGUUUCAAAAAAUCUAGGGUUAAAAACUUUAACAUGGCAUGUGGCAAAGGAACAAGUUGCCCAGUUUUAAAAAUGGUUUUCAAUCUUAAAUGGAUUGUAGAAGUGCAUAAAUGAUUUGAAUGUAAUUAUGAUAUGGAAAAUCAUUAUAUUGCUUUGAAAAAGUUUUAAAGCAGCUCUGCCAGUCCGUAAUAGACACUUUAAUUUCAUUUAUUAAAUUAUUUAUUUACAUGCAUAACAACAUAGUGAAAAAGUGAAAAUGUAUUCGUCCCUUCCUGAUUUCCUCUAUUAUUGCUCAUUUGCCACAUUGAAUAUUUUCAGAUGUUUCAACAAAAUGUAAUAUGAGACAAAGGGAAUCUGAGCAAACAUUUUAAAAAUAAUUUAUCAAACACCCAUAUCAACCAUGUGAAAAGUAAUUGCUCCCUUAAACUUAACUGGUUGCACCACCUUCAGCAGCAAUAACUGCAACCAAACACUUCCUAUAAUUUUUGUAUCAGUCUUUCACAUGGCUGCUGAGGAAUUUUGGCCCACUCCUCUUUGCAGAACUUCUUCACUUCAGACAAACUGGAAGGUAUUCAAGCAUUAACAAGCAUUAAUUAUCGUUUCAGGUCCUGCCACAGCACCUCUAUUGGGUUCAAGUCAGGAUUUUAACUACUACACUUAAAAGCUUUAAUUUUUUUCUUUUGAGCCAUUGAAAUGUGGCUUGCUUUUGUCUUUUGGAUCACUGUCUUGCAUUACCCAAUUAUGCUUCAGCUUCAACUCACAAGCAGAUGACAUUCCGGACAUUGUCCUUAAGAAUUCCAGAGCAGAAUUCAUGGUUCCUUCAAUAACCACAUGUCAUCUAGGUCCCGUGGCAGUAAAACAUUGCAACUCCAUUACACUACCACCACCAUUUUUGACUGUUGGUAGAAUGUUCUUUCUUUGAAAUGAUGUAUUCGCUUUACGCCAGACAUAAUGGGACCCGUGUCAUCCAAAAGGAUCCACUUUUAACUCAUUUGUUCACAGAACAUAACCCAAAAGGCUUGGGGAUCAUCCAGGUGCUGGAUGCAAAUGUUAGAUGAGCAUUAAUGCUUCUUGUGGUUAGCAGUGGUUUUCACCUUCCUACUGUCUCACAAAUCCCAUUUUUUCUCUGUCUCUUUCUUAUUGUGGAGUCAUGAACACUGAGGCUAGAGAGGCCUCAAGUUCUUUGGAUGUUUUUCUGGGAUCUUUUGUGACUUCCUGGAUGAGUUGUCACUGCCCACUUGAAGAACAUUUGGCAGGCCGACCACUCCUGGGAAGAUUCAUCACUGUUCCAAGUGUUCGCCAUUUGAACAUAAUGGCUCUCACUGUGGUUUGAUGGAGUCCCAAAGCCUUGGAAAUUGCUUUUAACCCUUUCCAGACUGAUAUUUCAACAACCUUUUUUCUAAUCUCUUCUGGAAUUUCAUUUAAUCUUGGCAUAGUGUGCUUGCAGAACCUUUGCAGUCUACUUCACUCUGAUGGUAAGGUUCAAUAUGAGAGGUUUAGAUUCAACAUGGCUAGCUGCAGCCAAUCCUGGCUGUGUUUAUUCAGCUGAAUCUAAUUAUCAUUUAAAUUAAGUUAACUGGUAACUCUUAGUUGCUAAAAUGGAAAUAACUUUUUCACAUGGGUAAUAUGAAAUUAUUCAAAAUGUUUUUUGUGUUUACUCAGUUUCCCGUUGUCUAAUAUUAGGCUACAUUUUGUCUGAAGAUCUGAUCUUCAGUGUGACAAAUAUGCAAAAAUAUUGGGAAGGGGGAAAAUACUUUUUCAUGCCAUUAUAUACAGUGAGCUCCAUAAUGUUUGGGACAAAGACUUUUUUAUUUGUCUGUAAUCCAUAAUUCUAUAUUUGUAAUCAAACUAUUAUGUGUGGAUAAAAUGUGCAUUGUUUGCUUUUAUUUAAGGGUAUUUUUAUACACUUUGGUUUCACCACAGAAAUUACAGCACUUUUCAUACGUAGCCCAUACUUAUAAAUGAAAGUAGUCAUGCUUAGUACUUUGUUGCAUAUCCUUUGCAUGCAAUGACUGCUCUCUGACCCAUAGACAUCACCAGGUGCCAAGUGUCUUCUUUGGUGUUGCUCUGCCAUGACUGUACUGCAGCCAUCUUCAGCUCCUACUUGUUUCGGGGGCUAGUUGCCUCAAAUCUUCUCUAGAGGAUAUGAAACGCUUGUUCAAGGGGAUUCAGAUUGAGUGAAUGACUUAGCCAGUCAAGAAUAUUCCAGUUUUUAAAAAAACUCCUUUGUUGCUUUAGUAGUAUAUUUGGGAUCAUGUUAUUGUUAAAUUGACAAAUGCCACAUCCACACCUGCCUCCUGAAGAAUGUUUCUGAUCUGCUGGCCAGAUGUUUGGGGAUUUUUCUUCAUUAUGGUGAGAAUUCUUCACUGAUCAACUGUUGAGGUCUUUCUUGGCCUCCCAGGCCCUUUGCGAUUACUGAUCUUGACAGUUUUCUCUUUCUCAUUUUGGUAAGGCUAAUGUUUGGCGUGUGUCUGUUUUUUCUUAUUUCUCAGCCUCAUAAUGGCCUCCUUGACUUUCAUUGGCACAACUCUGAUUUUCCUGUUGACAAACACCAAUAAGAAAUUCCAAAGGCAAUCAAAAUCCUAGAAUCAAGACUAGAUACUGAAAGUUAUCAUACCUGCUCUAAGGAAGCAAUUUAAGAAGACUAAUGAGAGACAUUUGUGGAGCCAUUUGUCCCAAACAUUAUGGUGCACUGAAAUGGGAGUUGACUAUGUAUAAAAAGUGCAUGCAUUUUUACCUGGUGAAACCAAAAUGUAUAAAGAUACCCUUUAAUAAAAGGUGAGAAUCUGCACUUUAACCACAUGCGAUUAUGUUUGAUUGCAAUUCUAAAAUUGUUGAGUACAGAAGCAAAUGAGGAAAAAAUGUCUUUGUGCCAGAUAUUAUGGAGCUCACUGUAUGAGUUCUUAAUUUUUCUUGUUGUCGUGUAAUUUUCAGCUUGUCAUACUUUUAUAUUUAGAAUGGUUUUCUGUGUAUUAUUUACAGACCAUAUUAAAGCGGUUAAAAAAAUUUUUUUUUUAAAUAUUAAACUAUUAGCAAAAUGGUUUUGCUUUCUGAUUAGCUUGUUUGUGAGCACUUAUAGAAUUUCUGCUUUCUACUUUAAUUACGAGACAAUGGAUUAAUGUUUUUUAUAAUGUUGGUACCUACAUCUGUCAUGGCAGUUAUUUGAAUUUAGUGAACUUUCAUACAUUGCUGGAUGUCCCUGGUGUUUAUUUUCAGUGUUAUAUAUGCAAGUAGUGUACAAAACAUAUAUUUUACAAUCGUGGGCCCUUUAACAGAAGGAAAAUACUCAUGGAACAGUUGUGCUGGCAAUGCUGGGACACCUCUGACUUAGAUAAAUGAUGUGGAUAAAAAUGUUGAUCUGUGGGGCAGCUGAAUGGUUCAUCCUGUUAUGACACUGUUAGAGUGCAUAUUCUGAUGUAGUUUGUAGAUGACCAACAGCCCCACAGGGCAAUGCACAUUUGGCUCUCGAAUCAUGCGUGAAUAGGACUGUUUGAGUCACCUGAAAUGACCCGCUUGAUAAGGCCCUCUCAUCUUCCUCUGACUCGUGUCUGUGCAUGCCUGUGAAUAACAGUGUCGUAAAAACAGCAACUUACAGCACAUGCUUUUGGGUAAAACACAUGCUUUUCUACCUUCUCCCAAAUCAAUAGCUGAGUUUGCGGUACUGAUUGCUGACAAAUACGGUUGGACACUUCAAAUUUUGGAGAAUGAAUGGGUGAAAGUAUAAUAAUGAUGAUCUUUUUAAUUUAUAUUUUAGGGAUGUAUUAGUAUGAAUGUGUAAUGUGUGUAAUAGUGCUUUCAAUAUUUGUUUUAAACCCAGUUAUUUGUAAGUAAAACAAUUUCAAUAAGUAAAAGAAGUCUGGUUUAUGAUAAAUAAUGUAUUUGCAUUGAAAACCUGUUCUUAACAUACUUGUGUCUCAUUAUUACUUGGAAAUACCUGCUGCAGCAACACUGGAAGUAUGCUUUUUAAAACCACUUCAUAAUGUCUGUAGUUUUUAAAUAUUCCAGCAUUCCACGGAGAAGGUAGUACUUAACCCUAGCAUUUAUCUCUCACACCACACUUCUUUAACGCUGUAAAAUAAAUGUAGGUCAAACUA